ACUAUCAGCCACCAUAGAAGAAGACAGCUUCAAGAGAGAUCUUCAAAUAAAGUUUUGGAAAUCGCAGAAACAGGCCAAAAUAAGAUGAUGUCGGUUACUUUGAACUGUAUGAAAAGUUUCAUGGUUCUUGCUGUAUUGUUCGAACCAGUAAUUGGUCCUUGGACAGAAUAUGGAUGUUAUGAUCCGGCUGGUUUAGUAUGUUCUAAACAUUCUUUUGGCCAGAAAACCCUUUGUAGUGGGGCAUAUCCUAUCACAGUCACCAAUGUAUUUUAUGGUAAACAAUCAACAAAUGUAACGUGUCCGGCAAUAGCAGCAGCUAACUGUGACAGUAAUCCAUGCUGUAAAAAGGGUAGUGAUGAUACGCGUGUACCCGUCAGUAAAGAAGACAGUUUAUCAAUUUAUACUAACUGUACCUAUGAGAAAUCAUGUAGUGUCAUCUCACCUCACACCCCAAAUGUUGAUUACCAUUACGUAGAGUAUGAAUAUGAAUGUAGCGUGCCUUAUCACAGCGAAGAGCUGCUGGAGAUUACAAAUACCACUACGGGACUGGAGAGUAGUUCAAGGGGUAAAUUUCUUACCCUACACUGGGCCGGUAAAACAUCACCAACAAAUGGUUUAACUUGUGCAUGUAACGCAAAUGGUGAAAAUAUGAGAUUUAUAGCCAAAUACAUUAACUUGGGUGCCGAAUCUUGCCCUCACGUUACCAUAGUGAAUGGAGAUGGUGUACCGUUUUUCAACUGUACAGAGGAUGGUGUUCACCUCAGAUAUCAUGAUCUUGCCAUGGGCAUGGUACGUGGUUUUAGGUUUAGCGACAAAGUGAAGAUAGAAUUUACAGAUUUUACUUCUAAACAUGAUGACAUUAUUUAUGUGGAAUUUUAUAGAGGUAACAGUAACAUAUCAAUAGACAUAGAGUGUGAUUGUAGUAAUCCAGAGCGAGUUAAUGGUGGUUGGAGUGAAUGGUCUAACCAUAGUGUUUGUUACGUGACAUGUGGAACUGGAUAUACAACAAUAACUAGAGAAUGCAACAACCCUACACCAACUAAUGGUGGCGCCCCCUGUGUUGGCCCUUCUUCUGAAAAUAUCGCUUGCAAAUUACAAGUAAAUUCGGGAAAUAUAAAUCUGAUUGGUUUACCAUGGGUUUUACUCAUUGUUUGUAUGCUGGGGUCAACUUAUAAACAUCUAUAGCAAUACAGGUGUAUGUUUAAAUGUUUGUGUAAAGACGUAUACUAAUACCGACAUACUACUAGAAGAUAUCGCCACACACUGGUGCUGAACCAGGAAUAAAUUUAACAGACACUGUUCAUGUGCUUAUUUAUUAACUAGGAUCUAGAUCUUUAUCAAUGUAUUUAAUUAAAUUAAUCCAGUAUGGUACAACAUUAUAUUUUUAUUGUAUUUCUCCGCAUUGCAUAGGUCAUCAUCAUCAACUAGAAUAAAGCGUAAAUACAUCUAUUUAAUUUAAUCAUUAUUUACUAUAAUACAUGUAUAUGUAUACAUACUUAAUUUACUUUAAUCAUCAUCUACUAGAAUAUA